GUAAGUACCUUGGACUUUCAUGUAUUAUUUGAUGUUUAUGGCACAACAGUUGUCCAAAUGAUCGAGUUAAUGUUGUGUGUGAUGUUGUAGUCACAACAGUUGUCUAACUACUCCGAGGAAGCUAGUAGGCAACUGUUCCGGAGUAGAGACGACAAGAGCAACCCUCUUCGCAGCUUUGUGAAGAAAAUCAAAAAGGGCUGCAAGAAGUUAGCGGCUAAGCUGAGCUGUGCAGACACGACAUAUGCGCCUCCGUUGCACCCCAUGUUGUCUAGGAGCCAGACGGCCUCGAUGUCCACUAGAGCUACUUCGGCUAGGGCCGCGUCCUCCUCUGUACGUACUCCGCAGUACACAGGGAAGGGUCCAGCGGACGUGGACGAUGACGACGAGGCCCUUCAGUACUCCACGACUAGUGGCGACGACGACGACGACGAGUUACAGUGGGAGUUCACCGGUCACGAGGAGAUGGGUACCUCACAGCUAGGCGGUGCUCCUAUUGGUACACAGGGGGUGGAGUACACACCGGAGGAGUACACACAGGGGGUGGAGUACACACAGGAGGAGUACACACACGUCGAGCACCAGGGUACUUCGUCCACACAGGAGAUGGAGCGUAUCCAUAGGCGGCAGCGCGAGAGGCAGCGGCGAGACCGCACGGACGUGGGGUGGACAAGCAACGUGGUGCCUACCAAUCCUAGGAGGCGACGGAAGCCGCGAAACCGCUACACCCCUGGCGAUGAUUAGAUUAUACCUGUUUAGCAGUUGGGACUUGUCAUGUAGUACCUGUGACAUAUUGUUAUUUCCAGCACGUUGGUAACUGACAUAUUUCUAGAUAUUUGAUGUACCUUUUUUAAGCAUUAGUGAGAAUUAUUUAAGUUGU